AAAUAGCCAACGGGUUUCGCACGACCGUUCAUACCAUGCUGGAUCGUCAACAACAUCGCUGAGAUGUCAGGUUGACCUUUGUGGCCUUUGUCCUGCCUAAUAACUAUUUUUUUUUCGGCUUUUCUCCCUCCCCAUAGCCGCUAUGAGUCGUCUGUCCGUUCCUACCUCUGGUCGACUCUCGCCAACAGUCCGAAUCUCUAACUCCACUGUUGUCGUUCAGAAGGUGAUAAACCGUCUAUCUCGCCAAGCUCUUCUCUCUCUCGCCCUCGACUGGAUGGACGAACCGAAUCGAGCCCUGUGCGCCCCACUUCUCCAAGACUACGAUGACCCCAACGAUUUCUAUCCACCGGUGAGCUCGCUUGCGAAGCUUCGCGAGUUAUACCGGGAUAUGGAGACCAGGAAAGGGUCCAAGAAAGAAGUUUCGGAUCGUAUUCUUGAGGGUGACUGGAGACAUGGCCUCAGUCUCUACCAACUCGCCAUGGCUGAUGUACGAUACCUCCAUGAACAUCCCACUUGGCAGAAAUGGAUGGUCUAUCGUAUUUUGCCAUUGGCGAUAAACCCUGAUCUCGACACCGAGGCUGAUGCAUCCGAGGUCGACCAUGAGUCGCUGUCAGUAUCGAGGCUGCAUCCAUCGUCGUUCUUGAAGAACCUCCAGUCUCAGGUUCUCCCGGAUACCAAAGCGCACUAUCAUCUACACCGCCUGCCGGAACUUCGCCUCCUUCUGAUCCGCGUCUUUCUGAUCGAUACUCCUUAUAGUAACAACCUACCUUCCGGUAACGGGUCGUCAUCAGCGGACGCAACACACGCUGACACGUCCCGGACGCUGUAUAUCGUCUUUCCCGAUGGUGCUCCUUUUGUUUAUAUAUCCAAGAUACAAGGUGCCUCAGCAUCAUCGGGAGGGGCAGAUUCCAAAUUGUUCCGCAAUCUGGUGACAGACAGUAUUCCCAAGGCACUCUCGAGACCCCGAGAGAGGUACACACUCAAGUACACAAACAUUCAGGGCAAAAACCUCCAGGCCUUGCUCUCCAUGAAGGGAGCCGGUCGUGGCAAUGCGGCUGACGGUGGCUGGAGUAUGUACGCUGACAAAAGGAAGGAGUCACCUCUGGACACAUUACUCCCUACACCACCACUCUCCGAAGACUCCUCAGACGACGUUAUUCUAGAGAAUCUAAAGAGGGGUACCAAGAGAAAAUCGCACAUAGACGUUGCAGAGGAACAAUGUAUUCGCAAAGCACGACGCUCCGCACAGGCUCGAUUUGGCAAUAGCGCCAGGCCCGAAGAUGGCAGGGGCGUUGAACGGGUCGACAUUUCCAUGAGAGACCCCUUCAAGACUCGUAGGGCUGGAGAGCGCCAGAUAGCCGAACACGAUACGGAGGGAUUGUCGUCUUGGGCGCCUGAAGUAAAGUUGACAUUUCGAGGCCCUCAUGUCUUCGCCGGCAUGCGACUGUUGGUCGAAAAUGGCAUUAUAAACGGUCAGCGGAUGCCAGGAUGGUUAACGGGGGAGGAGGGGGUAACGGUGGGAGAAGUUCGGCAUGGAAGGGUCCAGGGUCAUUAUGGAUCCGGUUUUUGAUUACCAAACAUCCUUGGGCGUAUUCAGCGGCGCGGGCACGGCGUUGUACAGGAUUUCAUGGUGCAAUGACUACAUGUAAAACUAUAGUAGUCAACAACCCUACGGCUACUUCUCUAUGACUUUCGUCUAUACUAGUCGUCUUUCGGUCCUGUAUGUAUUGAAGAAGGGGGGCAAAGCCCUUCUACAUGCGAGUGACAUCGUUGUCU